GUUCCCUGAGCGGAGCGCUGCUCCGCACUGUGAGACUGGGGUGCUCUGGGUACGGUACUAUGUAUCUCCGCAGGGCUGUUGGGAAGACUCUGACUUUACCCCUGAGGACCCCGCUUUCCAGCCCCCCACUGCUCUGGAAGCACGCAUCCCUUCGACAGAUGUCAGCUAAGAGAGUCCCUGAAUUAGCUGGGUCAAACAUGAUAUAUUAUCUCUUUGUUGGUGUCACUGUUAGUGCUGGUGGAUAUUAUGCUUACAGGACAUUCACAUCAGACCAGUCUCGGUACACAGAACGUAUCAAUAACAUGCAAGUGAAAAGUACUAUGAGGGAAUCACCAGAGACGCUGCAACAUCCAGAUGAGGAAGUAAAGCCCACAGAAACCAAUGAAGGCAGUUCAGAAGCCCCUAAAGAUACUUCUUCUUUGGAGGCUGGUUUGGCAACAGCUGAAGAAAUUCCAGAUGUGGAAGAUGCAGCCCUGGAGGAGACUUCUGCAGUCAGUGUUGAAGCUGGCUCAGAGGAGACUCUGGUAGUCAGCGUUGGAGCUGGUCCAGAGGAGACUCAGGCAGUCAGUGUCGAAGCUCAUCUAGAGAUCAGUGAAGUUGCUAUGGUCAGUGUAGAAUCAGGGCCAGAAGUCACAUUUGCAGCUGUGCCGGAGGUGGCUGAGGCCAGUGACAAAGCUCCUAAGCCUGAGGAAGCCUCAGCUGUAGAUACUGAACUGGAGGAAGACAAGAAAUCUCCCCCCGAAGCUGAAACCUGUACAGAGGCUGAGUUACAGGAAGAAGCCCCUCCCCAGGCCUGAGGCUGCCUUAGCCCGAAGGGUAACCUAAUCUUCCUUUGCUACUAAAAAAGCCUCUAGGCCAGGAAAGAUGUCAGAAUGUGGGUGAGAGUUAUGUGUAAAUUCCAGGAAGAAUUACUGUUCAUUCAAGGUUACUUUCUCAACACUUUGAUGUGCUUUGAAAAAUUAUGGAGUCACUUGACGGGUUUGGGGAAUGCAUUUAUUUGUAAAUGUCCUAGGAAAUUUCUUCUCUGAGAGUGAGGGAAGCACAGUAGAGUUGGAGAGGUCUGCUUUAUUGGUGUUUUUCUUUUUAAAAUUCAAAGUGAUUACAAUUAGCUGUCUACACAAUCCCAAAUUGCUUUUAAUUUUGAACUGUUAAAUCCCUUUCAGUCUUGUGGGCCUGGAUACAGUGGCUCUUGAAUAUGAAAUCAAAUCAGUGAAAUUAGUGAACAUUUUUAUUGUUUCCAAAUUCAUUCCACUAACAGUUAUAGAUAUUCAAUUGGAACUUGCACAUUUUAUGUUCUUGGUGAGAUAAGAGCUGCAUCUAUUUCCAUUAUCUCUUCCCAACCCAAAUCAUUUUAUCCUACUCCCUACCUACAACUCACCUGUCUGACUUCUCUAUGUUAAAUGGGAUAGUUGGAUAUGUUUCUUUUCCCUCAGUACAAGUAUACUACUACAGAUUUGAGACUGGUGGCCAUCAUGAGUUGGUCUAAAAUUAAAAAUAACUUUCCUAUAAGGCAGUCAUGUAGUUGGCUGUGAGACAAUUACAUUCCUCGCCCAAUCUCAUUUUGAUUUUCACUUGUGUGUAAAAACUCUUGAACUACUGAGUGAAGGCUCUUACUGUCUCUAAAAAUAAAUUGCGAAAAUAUCUAAAUAAUGAAAGGAAGUAGAAUCUGUUUUAAUGUUGUUCUUCAAUCCAAUUCAAACAGCACUUAUUAAGUGCCUAGAACGUACAAGCAAAAACAAAACAAAAAGAGUGUGCCAAGCAAUUCACCGUGUGAAGAGGAAAGAUGGAGCAAUUAAUAGAACCAAUGUAAUGGAAAGUGCUAGAUUUGGAGAAUCAGAAUUUGAACCUCUGGCACUUAAUACCUGUGUGACCAGAGGCAAGUUUUUAACCUUUGAGCCUCAGUUUGCUCCUCUGUAAAAUGAGGGGAGUUAGCCUAGUUGAUCCCUAAGUUUGAUUCCAGCUCAAAACCUAUACUACUACUGUAACCUCUUCAGAUAUUUGAAAGAUCUCCCUUGCUAUUUAAAAUAAUAAACCCACUUUCCCCUUUGCCUUCAGGAGUAUGCCAACACCAUCAUUUCUUCCCUCUCCCCUAAAAGAAAGAAGGGGAGAUAACCCACUCUCUUAGUCAUCCCUCCCACUGUAUUUCCCCUUUGCCCUGGGGUCACAUAAAUAAGGGGGAAGAAUAAUUCCUCCAGAGUUGGUGACCUACAUAGCUUGUGGUAAUAGAAAUUUCGCAAAAUCUCAGCGUGGGAAGGGACCAAAAGGCCAUCUCCUCUUUGUGAUAGCCCCUAACAAAUGGUAAUGCAACUUUUGCUUACAAACAAUGUCACAACUCUAGAGUUGGAAGGAACCUUAGAGAUAGAUCAUCUAGAUUCUUAAACUUUAUUAACCUGGGAUUCUUAACUUUUAUUGUGUUAUAUAGCCCUUUGACAAUCUGGUGAAGCCUAUGACCCCUACUCAGAAUUUUUUAAAUGAAUAAAACAAAAUAUACAGGAUUACAAAUUAAACCAAUUAUAUUGAACUUAUCUAUCUAAUCAAUCUGUCUGUCUUCUGUCUAUCUAUCUAUCCAGCUAGGUGGUGAAGUGGAAAGGGUACAGGUUGUGGAGUCAAGA